AGGACGCUAAAGUUGGCGGCAACCAAGAACUUCGCUGUGGGAUGAGCAAGAUUGUACAGCUACUCUGGAUAGAAGAUUUCUCUCUUGGAAGUUUCCAGCCCUUGAAAUUCGAAACGUCUCUUUUAUUUAUACAUAAAUUAAUGACAGAAGGAACCUGAACACUAAACCUCAUUUCGGGGAAUCUUGAAGAUGUUGAUAUUGAGGUCACUGACAUUGCUGUGGCUCCUCACCUUCACACAGUCAAUAGAAGAGGAGGAUAUUCGAGCAGGUUGCAGCACAGCUGUGAAUGAUCUCGUGUAUAUCAUUGAUGGUUCUUGGAGUGUGGGCUAUGAAGACUUUGAUAAGGCCAAAAGCUGGCUGGUCAAUGUCACCAGUGGCUUUGAUGUGAGUGCGCUCUACUCUCAAGUGGCCGUGGUGCAGUACAGUGACACGCCCAGGCUGGAGAUCCCACUGGGCCUGCACCAGAAUGCUCAAGAGCUCAUUGAGGCAAUCCAAGCCAUCAGAUACCUGGGCGGCAACACGCAGACAGGCCGUGCCAUCACGUUUGCUGUCAACCACGUCUUUGCGUCUUCGCAGCGUGGUGACACUGUUAAGAAUCGCAUUGCUGUGGUGGUGACGGAUGGCAAGUCUCAGGAUGACGUGGUGGAUGCCAGUGAGGAGGCUCGAGCGCAGGGAAUCAUCAUGUUCGCAGUGGGAGUGGGAUCAGAGAUCACCAACUCAGAGCUGAUAGCCAUCGCUAACAAACCCUCCAGUGACUAUGUCUUGUACGCAGAGGACUACACCAACAUCGACCGCAUCCGUGACUCCAUGAAGCAGAAGCUGUGUGAAGAGUCUGUUUGUCCCACGCGUAUUCCUGUGGCCUCUCGGGAUGAGAAGGGCUUUGAGCUGAUACUGGGGAUGAAGAUCCACGAAAAAGCCAAGAAGAUCCAGGGCUCCCUGGGCUCUGAGACAGCCCACCUCUUGAACAAAGGGGCAGACAUUACUGAGAAGACAAGGGAUAUCUUCCCAGAGGGUCUUCCCCCUUCCUAUGUGUUUGUGGCCACUGUGCGGCUGAAGGGGGCUGCGAGCAAGGAGAAGUUUGACCUCUGGAGAGUGCUUUCUAAAGAUAAACAAGUGCAAGUGGCUGUGACGCUACAUGGACAGAAGGAGUCUGUCACUUUCACUACCACAGACACAGAAGAUGGGGAACAAAGAGUCACUUUUAAUGCACAAGAUGUUCAGAGGCUCUUUGAUGGAAGCUGGCACCAGCUGAAGAUCCUGGUUCGGCCGAGUCGUGCCAUCUUUUAUGUGGAUGACAAGGAGAUCCAAGGAAUAAAUCUGGAGCCAGUUGUGCCCAUUUACAUCAAUGGCAAGACUCAGAUAUCCAAACGCUACAGUUCUGAGGCCACAGUUCCUAUCGAAAUCCAGAAACUGAGGCUCUAUUGUGACCCACUGCAAAGCGAGAGAGAGACUGCGUGUGAAAUCUAUGCUGUGGAUGAUGAAAGGUGUCCUCUGGACCGGACACCACCUGAGGACCCAACAGAGGAGGAGGAGGAUUGUGACUGUGCUGGGGGGGUUCCUGGACCACCUGGACCACCUGGACCACCAGGGCCACUGGGGACAAAGGGUGAGAAAGGAGAGAAUGGACUUCCAGGCCCUGACGGUAAGCCUGGCGUGAAAGGUGAGCAAGGGAUCCCCGGAGAGCCAGGUAAACCAGGGGAGAAGGGUGAAGCUGGUUUCCCUGGGCCCAAGGGUGAUACAGGAGUAAGGGGCUACAAAGGUGAGAAGGGACAGCCAGGUUUACCUGGGAGACCAGGCCUACCAGGACUGAAGCAGCCUCAAGGUGGGAAAGGUGAACAAGGACCCCCUGGAGAGCCGGGCCCAAAGGGGGAGCCAGGGCUUCCUGGCAUCAUGGGACCAGUCGGCCCAGUGGGACCACAGGGCGAUAAAGGCGAUACCGGUUUGCCUGGUCCAAGUGGACCACCAGGACCACCAGGUAUCCGUGGACUUCCUGGUGAGGCUGGGUUGAGUGGAUCUCCGGGGGCCAAAGGAUCACCUGGACUGAAAGGAUCUCCUGGACCUAAAGGACCUCCAGGCAAUCCAGGCCCCCCGGGACCCCCUGGAGCAGAUGGACAAAUCGGUCCCAAGGGUAGCGCAGGAGAGCGGGGGCUGACUGGUCUUCCAGGUGCACCGGGGCAAAAGGGUACACAGGGAGAUCCAGGGUUUCCAGGGUUACAGGGUGCAAUGGGUCUUCCUGGCUUUAAAGGACAUAAGGGACAUAUGGGAGAACCUGGCCCAAAGGGAACUAAGGGAGAGAGAGGCAGCGAGGGAGCUCCUGGGGUUCCUGGCUCACCGGGUGAAGCUGGACCCAAGGGAAGCAAAGGAGAGAGAGGUGUAUCAGGAGAGCCUGGGACUAGAGGUCUUGAUGGGAAGAAAGGGGACACAGGACAUAUAGGAGUAGCUGGGCCACGUGGUUCUCCUGGUCAAGAUGGGUUACCAGGGCUCCCUGGUGUUCCAGGUUAUCCUGGGAAACCUGGGAAGUCUCCUUCUGAUGAGCACUUGAUAAAGCUCUGCGAAGAUGUGCUGAGACAUCAGCUGGCCCAGCUGCUGCAGACGAUGCUUCCUCAGAGCUGCGAGCCUUGUGAAACAGUGAAAGGACCUCCGGGACAGCCUGGAGCUCCGGGACCUAAAGGCUCCACUGGGCCUCCAGGCUACCCGGGCAGGCCAGGUUCUCAGGGUUAUCCAGGUUCACCUGGCUUGCAGGGGCCUCCAGGGGUCAAAGGCGACAUGGGACCGAGGGGGUUUAAAGGCAACAAAGGCGAAGGCAGGCCAGGACAGCCUGGGCCUCCUGGACAAACAGGCAUCCAGGGUCCGCGUGGCAGUGAUGGAAUCGGACUGCCAGGUCCUCCGGGAAUGCCGGGGAAAUCUGGCUCUCCGGGCAUUCCAGGCAAACGAGGCGCCCCAGGGCCAACUGGAGUGUGUGACAUGUCCAUCUGCUACCAGGCUUACAACCUCAGGGAUGACCGCUAUAGCAAAGGACCCAACUUCUGACACACAACUCAUGGACUUCUUAUGACAAGCACCUCAGAGUGCUGAUACAGGGUUAGUUCCCUUCGAUCGUUUUAACAGUAUUCAAUAGGAUCAUUAUGAAAGCUGGAAACUCAUCCUAGAUCAGUACUCUUGGUACUCUUGGAAAUUUACCCUUAGAACCUCACCCUUAAAAAUAAAGGUGCCAAAAAGGAGGACUAUGUUUGGUUCCCUAAAGAAUGGAUGUUUUUUAAAUGAGAUGUAAGAGUGAGAUCUUUUAUAGUGAUAUAAAGUGCAUAGGACCUCCACACGAUUAAAAGUUCUAUACCAAUUAACAGGUUUUCCUAGAACUGUACUUCCAAGCCAAAAACCAUUUAGCAACCUUUGUUUUUAAGAGUGUAGGGUGUGAAAACGGGUGACCAGAAAAAUUUGGAGAUGCAGUCCAGUACAGCUCUUUCUGCAGCUGCAGCAGAGUGUAGAGCAGGCCAUAAUCAGUGGACUGAAGUAGAAGGCAUUGCAAUUAGAAAUAAUAAUCAUACCAGAAUGGACACUGAUGUGUGGUCACUUACCUGUGAAAUGAGUUUAAUGCAACAAUGCAAGACGACUCGAGUGACCAAGUUUUGAG